UACAUAGUUAAACACAUUCAUCGAUAUAUCUAUCACUCAUUCCAUUCUCACUCAUCAGAGAUCAAUAAUUUACUGUAUUUGACGAUUCAAAAUGGCCAAACUCUACCGGAAGGUGGCACUCUACGGUGGUGAAGGAGGGCGUGAAUGGGACGACGAUGUGUACGAGGGUGUAAGAAAAGUGUACGUAGGUCAAGAUAUCAAUCGUAUCACCUACGUCAAAUUCGAGUAUGUGAAGGAAGACGGCCAAGUAGUAACAAGUAAAUAUGGGAAAAUAGCUCAACAACCCAAAGAGUUUGUACUUCAAUAUCCGGACGAACACAUCAUAGCGGUGGAAGGAAACUACCGCGGAGUGGCUAAGUGCCACGGAGGUGAUCACAAACCUCGUCAUUCAUUGAGGUUUUGCCCAAGUCUCAAAAAGAACCCGACAGAGUCAUUCAUUUGAGCUAUCUCUCAGGGAUCCAUUUCAACUCCAUCCACACAAAAAAAGGUUAUCCUUCCCUUCUUUCUCCAUAUUAUACCUCAUCUUUUCCUCUUUGGUGUGUCUUCUCUAUAUAUGUGCCACGGAGGUGAUCGCAAACCUCGUCUUCAAGACCUCAAAGGGUAGAAAGUCUCCAUUGUUUGGUCCAAACUUGCUUGGAAUUACCACUGGUACAAAGUUUGAUAUUGAGGACGGGGAAAAGAAGAUCGUAGGAUUUCAUAGACGAUCGGGUAAUGCUCUCGACGCUCUUGGAGUUUACUUUGUACAUGGCUCUCUAACCACGCCAUCGUCUCCGCCUGUUUACAAGCUGGAUGCACGAGGUGGUCCAGGGGGAUGUGUUUGGGAUGAUGGAUCUUACGGCGGCGUUAAAACGUGGAGCAUUGGUCAAGAUAAU